AUGGUACAAAAUACCACAUGGUUAACAAAUACCAAAUACCACAUGGAACACAAUGGUACAAAAUACCACACAAAAUACCACAUGGACCACAUGAAAUACCACAUGAUACAAAAAUACCACAUAACAAAAUACACAAAUACCACAUGGUAUGGAUACCACAUGGAACAAAAUAUGGUGAAUACCACAUGGAAUACACAUGAUGGCCAAAUACCACAUGAGACCAAUAUCGAACAUGAACAUGAUACCACAUGGACACCUAGAGACAGCCACAGGAACCCACAGACACAGCCAGACAUUCCCAAAGACAGUCAGACACACAGACACAUGGAGAAACCUGCAGACACAACCAGAGACCCAAGGACAACCACAGAUACAUCCACAGACACGGCCAGACACACCCAAAGACAGCCACAGACACAACCAGACAUCCACAGACAUACUCAAAGACAGUCAGACACACAGACACAAGGAAACACAACCAGACACCCAAAGAAAUCCACAGACACGGCCAGACACACCCAAAGACAGUCACAGACACAACCAGACAACCACAGACAUGGCCAAACAUACUCAAAGACAGUCAGACACAAGGAAACACAACCAGACACCCAAAGAUAUCCACAGACACGGCCAGACACACCCAAAGACAGCCACAGACACAACCAGACAUCCACAGACACGGCCAGACAUACUCAAAGACAGUCAGACACACAGACACAAGGAAACACAACCAGACACCCAAAGAUAACCACAGACACGGUCAGACACACCCAAAGACAGCCACAGUCACAACCAGACACAGCCACAGACAGUCACAGACACAACCAGACACCCACAGACAUCCCCAGACACAGCCACAGACAUCCUCAGAUGCGGCCAGACAUCCCAGACACCCACAGACACGACCAGACACACCCACAGACACACCCAGACACAGCCACAGACAUCCUCAGACACCCACAGACAUCCACAGACGCGACCAGACACACCCAAGACACCCACAGACACACCCACAGACAUGCCCAGACACAGCCAGACACCCCCAGACAUCCCCAGACACCCACAGACAUCCCCAGAACUAGCCACAAACCCACAGACACACCAGACACAGCACAGACACGCCCAGCCCCGGCAGACCCGCCACAGCCACGUGGGCGGCGGCCGUACUUACAUUAA